AUGGCGACCGUAUCAGCAAAGCGCAGUGGUCGGAGACCUGGCAGGAUGCAGAACAAGCUCUCCUUCUCCUCCCGCUUCAACGACGAAAACGCCUCUCCCUACUCCCCAUCUCUCUCAAAGCCUUCCUCCACUCUUCUCGCUGACGUCACCACCCCCGCGCUUCCACUACCCGUGGAAACCGUUACCCGCAGCGAGGAGGUGCAUCCGGUGGGUCUUGCGGCCGUCACGCAAUGGUUUGACGGCUCCGUCAAGUCGGGCUACCCGCCAACCGGCAGAUCCGCCGGUCGAUCCGCGCUACAGGAUUUUUCCGACAAUUCCUUCUUUUCCUUCCCGUCGGGAAAAUCAACCGUUAUGUCCGCGCUUGGGGUGAAGAGCGUUAACGAGAACAACAGGCGGAACACGUCGGUGCCUGCAGGUGCGAUCCCUCCGCAAAGCACGCAAUCUUUAGUCGAGGUGUUACCGCCGAACACGCUCAAGGCAACAGAGCUCGUGCCUUCCGUACCUAUCGUGCCGCCCCGACUCUCCGCAUCCGUCCGUCAGUCCAUCUCCGGCACUCCUCCGUUUCUCGCAAACUACACCAGUUCGUCUGCCGUCGGACUCGGUUCCGCUCCGUCAUCUCGACGAACGUCGUUAAGCUUCGCCGGUAGUGUUGACGGCAGCGUCUCCUCGUCGUCCGCAGCUUUGGCGUUUCCGCCCCCGUCGCGGACCAGCCAGCGGCGGACCUCCGCCCUGGCGGAAAGCGCGGGGGAUUUUUCCGCCAUGCUGCCGGACGAGGGGGAGUUUCUUGCGGACGUGGCGGAUUUCCACGGGCUCCCCGUGCGCGCGUCGCUGCAGCCUUUACCCCCUUUGGCGGAAAGCUUUCCGCCACAGACUCGGCAGCUGCACAACGGAGCAGGGAGGGGAGUAAGCUUGGCGUGGAUGUCCCUUGACGGACAGCUGAAGAACGUGGAAGCGUUGACGGAAAACGUCGGAGCUAGCGGCGUGUUGACGGAAGAUGAACGACAAUCCUGGCUGAGCAUCCCGCCCGUCUACGCCAAGGACCUCGAAUCGAAACUAUUGGAGGAACAGUUCAAACGCGUGGAGAUGGAACGGGAUGAGAUGGGUGGGAAGAUGAAACGGGCUGCUGAGGAGAUGCAACGGAUGGAGGAGAAAUUGAAAGGCAGCGAGGAACGUAUAAGGAGCAUGGGCGAGGAGAUGAAACGUGGGAACGAAGGGAAAGAGCACGCAGCGAAGGAGAUGAAACGCAUGGAGGCGGAGAUGAAACGGAUGGUGGAGGAGAUGAAACGCUCGGAGGACCGGUGCGGGGAGGUUGAGACGUCGCGAGCCGCGACUCAGGAGGCUCUGACCAGUGCCGUUGAGUCGAACUCCGCGCUGAAGGAUCUGAUGGAGAUGCAGGCGGCGCACAUUGCGGAGCUCAAAGCCCUCGUUCUCAGACAGACGGAGGCCAUUCAGGAGCUGACACGUGGCAGCCAGAAUGGCGCGGGUGCGGGGAAGCCAGCCAGGGAAGAGGAGGACGCGGAGAAGAAGGAGAAGGAGGCGGAGGAAAAGGCGGACGAGGGAGCCGAAGGGAAGGCAGAAGAGGAGGCAGGCGGUGCGAGAAGCGCGGGGAUGGAGGAGCUGAUGGCCGUG